ACCUGUGACUUCCCACUUCGGCUGAAAAAAAAACACAGCCCGGAACAUUCGAAACAUCAGUUGCUCGCUCUUAAAAAGACUUCCAGAGUAAUUGCUCUUAAAGCAGACGCCCAGUGCUGGCUCUCUCUCUCUCCAUGUGUCUCUCUGUUUCAGGCAAAUCAAUGAGGAUCGCAAUGCUUAUUACUUCUGCAGCUCUCUCUCGCUUUACAAGAUGAUGUUGUGCAUUUCAACUUUUGAAAACCAAAAAGCAAGUCAAGGAAUUUUUCUUUAAUAAAAUAAUGACAGGUCGGUUUAUUUUCACUUAUUUGGAAUUUUAAUAUGUGGCAUUUUGUAUACUGUUUUGCAGGUGGGAUAAGGAAACAACAAAACGGUGUGACAAGCGUUUGACGGACAAUUGUGGCUUUCUGCGAGUAACUCAUGCAAUCCAAGGAGUGAUGGGGGUCACCAUCAACCUCAUCCCCCUCUCUGAAUGAGAACUUAUUAGUCAUCCCUUUGGUUUAAUGAGACCCAUUGAAAAGACACCGUGGAACAUAUGCAUGAAUCAAAUAUUCCUGUGUUCAUUGAAUCUCUCCAGAACAGUCUUACUUUUACAUGGGCAAGGAAAGGGGGUCGUGGCUUAACAUUAUAAAGGGGGACAUUACAGUAUGCUUCAUGGGUUUAUUUAGAUUGAAUCUACGGUUUGACAAGCGGCUGUAAAGAAAAAAACGAAACAAAGCGAAACUCGGGAAGAGCAUUGUGGACCUACGAAUUUUAGCCUAUAUUUAUCAAAUUUAUUUCUAUUCAUUGCUCUUUUUAAAAGUGGUACCACCUCUUCUCCUGAAAAUGAAACUUUGGACUUUUCCCUGGCUGCUUUGCCUGGUGAUACUCAUCUUAUGUUUUGGAUCAGAGUGCGGGACUGUCCGGAGAAAGGGGAGAUCCAAAAGAGACUUGGUGCGUAUCAGGGAGGCGAGAGCCACCUUUCCAGGGGCUUGUGCCACACGUCUGCCCCGGGGCAAACGCUCCUUGCCCGGCUUGGAACGACGUGUACCUCGCCAGCGCCGGCGCUCCUCCCAAGCGGAGGAGAACUCUCCAGGUCGCGGGAAAGCUGUUUAUUUUACCGGCAGGGGUGACCAACUUCGGCUUAAGCCGGGCGUGGAGAUACCGAGAGGAAAUUUUACGCUGGAGAUGUGGAUCAAACCAGAAGGAGGUCAACGAUCUCCUACGGUGAUUGCAGGUAGCCUACACAACUGUCUCAGUUCACAAAUGAAUGAAGGAAUGGUUUUAUUAGACUUAUGCGAGCUGAAACUCAACCGCAUAUUUACAAGUUUAGUAGCCUAUUUGGAUGUAAAGGAGCUGAAAGAGAUCCUGAAUCUGGAUGGCUCCACUCACCUGAACGUCUUCUUUGCCAACUCGUCUGAUGAAGAUCUGGCCGGUGUCGCCACUUGGCCGUGGGACAAAGAAGCCCUAACACAUUUGGGUGGUAUUGUUUUGAACCCCUCCUUCUACGGCACAUUUGGUCACACCCACACCAUGAUCCAUGAGAUCGGCCACAGUCUCGGGCUGUACCACGUGUUCCGGGGGAUCUCUGAGAUUGAGUCGUGUAACGAUGCGUGUCUGGAGACUGAGCCCUCGUUGGAGACAGGAGAUCUGUGUGAAGACACUAAUCCCACACCCAAGUACAAGUACUGCAGAGACCCUGAGCCUGGCAACGACACCUGUGAGCGUCGCCACUUCACACACACACCGUACAACAACUACAUGAGCUAUGCAGAUGACGACUGUACAGACUCUUUCACCCCCAACCAAGUGGCCCGGAUGCACUGCUACCUGGACCUGAUCUACCAGACAUGGCAGCCCGCAUCCAAACCACCCCCUGUGCCCAUGGCACCCCAAGUGGUGGGGCAGGAGCAUGACGCCAUUACCCUGGAGUGGUUCCCGCCUAUUUCCGGCCACUUCUACGACAGAGAUGUGGGAUCAGUGUGUGAUAAAUGCACAGAGGGCCGGGUCCUGCUGCAGUACGCAUCUAACUCCUCGUCCCCCCGACCCUGCGCCCCCUCUGGACACUGGAGCCCCCGCGAGGCCGAAGGACCUCCAGACGUGGAGCAGGCGUGUGAGCCCAGCGUGCGCACCUGGAGCCCCAACGCCGGCAUCGAGCAGGGGGCCGUGGGACUGUCCGAGUGCCCACUGCAGGGAUGCAUGCUCCAGCUAGAGUUCCCCCACCCACUGGUGCCCGACUCCCUCACUGUGUGGGUCACCUUCUUCAGUCCCGAGGAGACGGCCUUUCCCGCCAUACACAACAUCCUGCUCCUGACCGUGAGUGGAAACAACCUCUCGUUGGGUCCUAGUAACGUGUUCUGUGAUACGCCACUGACGCUGAAGCUGGACGUGGAGGAGGAGGUGUACGGUGUGCAGUUCUUCACCAUGGAGCAGCACCUGGAGAUUGAUGCUACCCUGCUGGCGUCUAAGCCCAACUGCCUGCUGUGCCGCCACUGCAAGCCGCUCCGCCACCGACUGCUGCGCCAGCCACCAUUCUCCCAUGCCCCCCACGGUGUGGUGUUGAACGAACCUGCCAGGCGAUACACUGACAGGGACGUGGUACCAAGCAGUGUGUACACCUACCAGGUCCAAACCAUCUCAGCCCGCAGUGAGAGUGAACCCUCCCCACCCCUCACCCACCAGCUUGGGGCAGCAUACUGCGGAGACGGACGCAUCCAGAGGAGUGCAUUCUAUAUGCCCCCUCUGCAGCCCCUCGUUUCAACAUCGUCAGAGCAGAAGGAGCCCAGUAUGUGUUACUUCUACGACGGUGACGGAGUGUGUGAGGACUUUGAGCGGGAGACCAGCGUGAGGGACUGUGGCCUGUAUACCCCCAGUGGCUUCUUGGACCAGUGGGCCACAGCCGUGCACGUGUCCCACCAGGAGAGUCUCUAUUGCCCUGGCGAGGUGGCCGCCGGCUAUCCUGCUGUCACUAAGACAUGCCAGUCCAAGGUGUUUGACCUGUCUGACGGGGUUUCCCAGUACGCCUGGUUCCCCUGCAGAGAGGCCCAGCAGUCUUCCUGGUACCCCCAGUACUGGCUCAAGGCCUACUUUUCCCACCCCAUGGUGGCUGCUGCUGUGAUAAUCCACCUAGCUGCAGACGGGACAGGCUACAUCGACCAGACACAGUGCAACAUCACCGUUCAACUGGUGGACACCAAGGAGGUCAUCCACAGCUUAGGUGAUUGGCGUCUGACUUGCAGGACCAACCCCCUGGUAAUCCCAGUGAGCCAUGACCUGAGCGUGGCCUUCUACCGCACCAAGGCCAUCCUGGUCCAGUUCCGCUCCCACCUGGUGGCCAUCUCUGGCGUGGGCCUGCGCUCCUUCCAGUUCUUUGACCCAAUCACCAUUAGCGGGUGCCAGAGCAACGAGAUCUACAACCCCAUGGGUCAAAGUUGUGUCCAUUACUCAUGUGAGGCCAUCGACUGCCAGGAGCCGCUGAUCCGCAAUGCAGAGCUCAAGUGCAGCAGUCUGGGCUUCUUCAACGGAGCUCGCUGCACCAUCACCUGCAACUCUGGCUACGUCCUGCAGGUCCACAGAGACGAUGACAUCAUCAAGACCCAGUCGGACUCAACAGUGACCAUCACCUGUGCAGAUGGAAAGUGGAAUAAGCAGGUGUCGUGUGAGCCCGUAGACUGUGGUCUACCAGACAAGUACCACGUCCACCCAGCCAACUUUAACUUCCCUGAGGGAACUACCUAUGGCAGGAGGAGCACCUUCCAAUGCAGGGAGCCUGCCCAGCUCGUAGGUUCUAACAACACUCUGACGUGUCUGGAGGAUGGUCUGUGGUCAUUCCCUGAGGCACUGUGUGAGCUGCGCUGUCCAGCCCCACCCCACGUGCCCAACGCCAUGCUGCAGACCAAGCGCUGCAACGAUACGGGUCUCAAAGUGGGCUCCCUCUGCAAGUACAAGUGCAAGCCGGGCUACCACGUCACCAACAAGCCCAAGAGGCGAGCCUUUAAGCGUCAGUGCACAGAAGACGGCAGCUGGCUGGAGGGGGCGUGCGAGCCGGUGACCUGUGACCCUCCGCCUGCCAUCUUCCACGGCAUGUAUCAGUGCACGGAUGGCUUCCGCUUCGACAGCACCUGCUGGAUCAACUGCCCCGGAGCCAACCACACGGUGAGACCGCUGCACGCCGCUCCAUGCAAGCAGGGGCCUAGCACCAAUGUGAUCCGCUGUAGGAAGGACGGCAACUGGACUGGCUCCUUCAAGCUCUGUCCUCAGAGCAAGGGACAGUGCUCUCUACCUCAAAACCUCAACCCCAGCAUACAAGUCAGCUGCAAGAAGGGACAUGGAAUAGGUGAGGAGUGUGAGCUGAUGUGCAAGGACAGUAACAACGACGUGGUGAUCCUGCCUAGCAAUAUGACCGCAGACAGCGUACUCAAAGAGCACUGGAGAAACCCACCCAAAGUCAAGAAUGUAGUGUGCACAAUGGGACUGAAGUGGUAUCCACACCCAGAGGUGCUCCACUGCAUCAAAGGAUGUGAGCCCUUCAUGGGAGACAAUUACUGUGACUCGGUCAACAACAGAGCCUUCUGUAACUACGACGGAGGGGACUGCUGCCACUCCACCGUCAAGACCAAGAAGGUGAUCCCGUUCCCCAUGUCCUGUGACAUACGGGAAGACUGUGCCUGCCGAGACCCCAACGCUCCAGAGAAGAGGAAAGACGAGAACGUCCACUCCCUGGGGUGACCCUCCCUCCUCGCCCCCCACCGGAUUCCCGAACCCUCGCCCCAAAACUACCGACACCCAGACCGAGGGAGACCAGCUCCCCCUUUCCCCUCAAAUCCUCCACAUGCUGCUUUACAGGAGUACCUCUCCACCCAUACUGCACCCCCCUAACAUAUGCCUGUCUCUUCCUUCUCCACAUUGGGAAAGACCUAGAUGAACAGACCAGACUAGAGAGGCUAUAAUGGAAAACCCAUUUCUCAAAGAAAGGAACAAACCUGCAAAUUCACCAACCACCAAAACUUCUACAGCAAGAGAAAAAAAGAAAACAAAAAUACCGAAAGGUUUUUGAAUGAAGGAUAUGAAAAAUUAACAAAAAAACUAAACAAACCAAGCCUAGAUAGCAUGCCUUUUUUCAGUUUUGUGUCAGCUUCUGUGUCCAUUUCAAAGACAUUGCCGUACAAUCUCAUUAUUUCCUUUUAGACCAAAGGAAAAAAGAAACAGAGUGAGAAACGUUAUCCAUAUCAUAUGGAAUCUUUUAUUUUUGGGUAUGCUGAAGUCAUCAAUGGUGGCACUGAAUGACAGGCAGAAGAGCUAUUGCCAAAAUAACUUAUAGCAUGAACACACUUGAUGUACCCUCAUGUUGUAUUACUCCAGAGCUGGUGUGUGUUCCUGGAGCCAGCACAGCACAGGGAUCAGGCUGACAGUUUGUGCCCUCUGCCUUCUCUUGGUGGAAAUGCAUUUUCUUGUUCUUCAGAAAUCAUAGGUUUAGAAUCUCUGCUCUUAUACAGAUGUGAAAUAGCAAAGAAUAGGCGUUGAUGGGGAUAUAGCCGGCCAUAUUGGUAAAGAGAUUCAAACCAGAGAGGUCUAACUCAAUAUAUCUAACAUAUAACAGGAAGGUAAGACAUAUUCCAAUGCCACAGGAACAAGUGAAUGUGGGAAAGAGGUAGAGUACUUAUGAAUUUAAAACCGGUUAUAUAGGGCUGCAACAAAAUAAACCAGUUGUGUCAGCGUGGCUGCUGCUGCUACGUUUGCUGCUACUUUGCCAUAUGACCAGCUCUGCAGACUAUUACUACCCAGUGAGGUUGGACGGAGUCAGCCCCGUCUGCCUUAACGCUUACCUCCUAACACCUUCCAUUAGUGGACACUUGUUUCUGCGUGUACAGUACACUCAACUUAAACCUAGAAUAAAAACUCCUGCAACAUUGCAAAGGGUUAGUAGAGAAACAAUGCAGUUGAAAUAGCCUCGAAAAACACAACACCUCACAUUUCCAUUUAUUUUUCCUUAGUUUCUGCAGUCCAGUACAAUACACCAGAAAUGUAUCCAAUCUUACACCAAAAGCAAUGUUGACGCAAUACAAAAUCCAACACAUAUUACUGAAUUUCAAAUGACUUCAAGAAUGUAAUUGAUAACACAGUUAUAACCUCUUGAAUGUAGUCAAUGUUUAUUCACAACUACACCCUCAAACUGUUUUCAUCAGCAUAGCAUAGCCUUGAUUUCAAUAGGCAUAGUUCAAUAGCACAUACACAUAAAAACAAAUAGGAGGCUUUCCUCAUUUUACUAUAGAUGGCAUCUGGAUGUAUUCAUUGUCCACAAGUAUCCUUUCGUGCAGCAGUAGUAGAAGUACACUAUAUGCCCAGGACACUGUUGUCCUGGCUUCUCUUGAGCCCAAUGGCUUGACAGAAUGCAUGUGUUUAGUAGCCCAGUUUGGCCUUUUCUUACCUCUGCAGCAAUUCGUGCUGAAGGUGCCAUCCCUGGCACUUUGUCAGUAUUGUGACAUUUGAGCGUGUGCCCCCCCCCC